AUGACGUCUAGAAUUAAAAUAGAAAAGUGGUUACUUGCUGAUUGGAGUACAGAUCGUGGUGGAAAUUCUGGGAUGAAAGUCAGUGACGAUAUGAAAAACCUCAGUAUUUCUACGGACCGGAAAGAAAGUGGGAAGGAAACGGAACCAAAAGACAACCGACCCCAAAUAAAAAGACCACGAGGCUCUGCAGCUAGUAACGGUAAUAAUGACUCCGGUGCAGGAGGCAGUCUUCCAAAUGAAGAUCUAGAUUUCUCUGAAAGCGCUUCAUCUUGGGCUCCAACUGGCGAAAGUUCAUCAUCUUCUUCUGACGAAUCUAACAGGACUGAGAAAGAGAAUAAUAGUAAAACUAAUGAAAUGGCACAAUACGUACGACAAUUAGUGAAAAUUCGACAUAGUAAAAAAGUACUUACGCCAGUACAUAGACCGAAUGCAGUGGUAAACAUUUUACAAGAGCGGCAAAUGAAUGGAAAUCAUCCGAACAAAGGUCGUAAAAGAAAAUACAAAGAAAUUAAGGACGAAGUCAACAAAUCUUUACCUGAUUCAACAAGAAAAAAUAUGUUUACACGACCGAAUGUUCUCAAUGGAACUGUUAACGUGAAAUUAAGGAAUAUUAUAGAAAUCAAUGCGACCUUUCAACAGUUGUUUACGAUGCUUAACGCAUUAAGACCUCCACAACAGGCCAAUACAACAUUUUUGAAUGAAGAAAGUGAAGUUAUAGAAAAAACUUAUGAUGAACCAGAGGAGAGCGAUAGAAGCGAAAGUGAGGAAUCUAAUCGUUCUGAUGAUAAUGUAUUAAUUUCAAACAAAUACAUUAAAGCUCGCUCUAAUUCAGGUUCACCUCGUGGUCAAGAAAAUAGUAAAGAGGAAUGGAUUCCGAUUGGAAGUGGAAAAACUCUGAUACAUAAAGAUAAAUAUAGAAAAGUAAAUUGGAAGUCUUACACGAUUGCUACUAGAACUUUAUUAUUGGCUACAUUUCCAAGGCGAAUAUUGGCAACACAUUCGCUAACCGGCAAGCGAUCACCAGCUUUUCAAAAUAAGCCCGCGAAAAUGUGCUUGGAUCCGAAGAUUGUGUCCGAUGUUAUUAUAGAAAUCACAUCAAGGUUUAAAGUGAAGGAAAACCUAGUUAGGAGCAUCAUCACAACGAAAUGUGCAGAUGAAUGCAAAAUGUAUAAAAUGAGACUAAAAACAAAAGGUCGUCCAAAAGAUAAAUUGUCGCACGAGUCGUCCACAGAUCAAGAAAAUGUACCAAAAAACGAUUCGCUUACAGUUAAAUAGUGAUAAGGGCGUGGAAAAUAAUGAAACCAAAGGAUUUUGAACAGUACCAUACAAUACUCAGUGAUUUAGUAUUAGACUUUAGUUACCUAUGUUUUAUAAAUAAAAUAUGUUUUUUAAA